UGCCUAUUGUAUGUGGUACGCGCGUGAUAGGUCAUCUUCCCUUGACUUAACCGAUAAUUCGUUCUAUUUUUAUACACAGAAGCAGGAAAAAUCCAAGUUUAUGUUCGAGUACGUCCAUUUACGGAAAGAGAAAAGGAAAAACGUGAACCAAAUGCGAUUGAAAUUCACCAAGAACAUUCUCUGGUAUGUGUUACGAACAUCAUGUCAAAUCAUAAUCCCCGUAAUACGACGUAAGGUAAAGUUCAUUAAUUUACAAUGUGCCGUUUCCGUGCUCCAAAACCCCUCACUUUUAAAACUGUGAGGUCAAGUGCGAAGCCGUUUUCGUAAAAAAGAGUUUUAUGUGCAUGAGAAUAAAACUCAUGUUCAUAUCAAAGGCUUUACCCUUAACCUCGUUUUAAAACAGAGGUUUUAUGCAACUCAGAAAUGGCCGAUUCGGCGCAGUGGUAUAUUUCGCAAUUGAAACAAACGUUUCAUUAUUUUUUAACUUGUAAACCGAUAUAUGAACGUAUAAAAAUUACGUUAAUUUUCGUAUUUCUUCCAUAAUCAGAUUCGUGUUCUCGACCCAAGAAGUCGAACAAACUAUUUCUUCGACGGUGUGUUCAGCCCAGAGGCCACUAAUCACGAGGUAAUUUUAAAUCACGAUCUUCACCACAAACAAGUCUUUGCCCUAAAUCUAUGUCGUCUAUAAGUAGUGUGUUAUCCAAGAAUGUCUUCAUGUUUUGAUUUCCAGAUUGGCAUACCCUUUAUUUGAAUUUCCGCGGAAAAUCUCUUAGUAGUUUUCAAUGAAUCAACGUUAAACUUAAGCCCAAACAAUUUCUUUGCCCAUUGACAAAAUGCACUGAUACGAAAAAAAUAUCUGAGGGCGGGAAACUCAUGCAAAAGUCACGAUUAGUGGUUUUAAUCAAAGGACAUGGCGUGGGAUAUUGCAGCCAAUCACAAACCAAAGCAGACACUGUCUGAGACACUGUCAACAACAGAAUACGCCGCGCAUGUCCUUGUAUGCUGAUAGCUUUGGCACAUUUAUACUCAUUCCAACUGCAAUAUUUCCUUUAACAUGUCGUAAACUUACUCUUGUACAAUGGAUUCACUUUUUGCCGUUUUCAAGCUUUAUCUUAAAGUUGGAAAGCCGUUGGUUUAUGCUGCUCUAAAUGGAUACAAAGGGACUCUGCUGACAUAUGGACAAACAGGAACAGGUAUUUUUAAAAAACAACUUGACAAAAAUUUGUCAGGUCGCGAUUUAAAUUAGGUAUCAGAAUAUAGUUUUUUAGUACUACAAUUUAAGUAGGGUAUCAAUACCAUCGCAUUCCUUCUUUUAUUCAAGUUUAAAUCUUAUAAUUUUAGCAACUAUUUGAAGCUUAAUUCAUACUCUAUUUUUAAUUAUUAUUACACCAUUGUGAUUGUCAAAAAAGCCAUCAGUUUAACUUAUGUUAGUUAUAGUUAAUUAGUUUGAUGACUGAGAAGCCCUCUUUGGGAAGUGUCAACAUGGUAUAUGUUGCAGUUAAUUUUCUUAACUCAAUUAAUUUUCAUUUUCUAUUGUUUUUGGGCACGGCAAUGUAUGCUAAUGAAUUUUAAGCAAAAGAAAAACAAAAAUUAACUACAACAUAAUAUAUACAAGCUAGUCUAUUCAGUGACAAGUCCAUCAUUGACCAUCAGCUCAAUGAUUAAAACCAAAUUGUCCAGUGAACCUCCUCGUUUAGCCCGAUAAGACUCCGUAAUAAGCAAUCUACAAAGGAGGUGGGAAAAUGAAAUAUCUGCGACGUAGCUCAGGGUUAUUUGCUUUUCAGGUGAAAAUCUAAAUCUAACCUUUUAAAACUAUAUUAAACCUUUCAGGAAAAACCUUCACAUUAUUGUCAGACGAUGGCAUUACCACAAGAGUUGUUCAACACUGUUUUGAGAAAAUUGACAACGAUGAGAUUCACACAUACAAGGUACUUUUGACGUAGUCCUCCUUUCCUACUCCUGCCAGAUUUAUUACGUACCAUUGACGGCUUCCUUCCAAUGCAGCGAUCAAUCACUUUUUGUAAGGCCUCCCUUUUUGCAUUCUCUUGCUUGAUUAAGCCAAACGAAACUUGAAACACUUCUGAUCUCCCUGUGACUUUACAGGGUUUGUCAAGAACAAUACUCAAGACAGUCUAAUUUACUUAAGAGGCCUAAGCCGUUGGAAAAGACUCUAAGGAUCCGCCUUAGAGAUCUGUCUGUUUCAUAGAGUCAACGAUGACUAAGUUAGGACGGCGACAUUAUACAAAAGGCAGUACCAGGUUAAAGAGGUGGUGGAAAUGGCUAAUUAUUAGUCUUAGAGAUUAUAUUUAAUCUGACAAAAGGAGUAGCCUUGAACCUUCUUAUGGUUACAAACUGAAUGAGGCAGUUAUAUGGUUUCUUUUGAAGAACUAACCCCUUCGUCGUUGUUUAUUUAACCAGAUGUAAUUAAUCGCUAAAAAUCGAUAUCGGAAACAAAUCGAUAUCAUCGAUAUUAAUUGAUUUAAUCCGCCGAUUAAUAUUGAUGGAUAUAGGAAAAAUAAUUUGUCGAUUAUAAUCGAAUAGAUAGGAUCGAUAGUAAUCGAUAACAAUGGACAAAAAAUCAUCAUCGAUUUCUAUCGGAAAAUCGUCGAAUAUUAAUCGAAGUCACAACUUUUUUCUUUAACGAUUUCUCUCCAUCGAUAUCGGAAAUCGAUAUUCAUCGAUGAUUCACAUCGAUUACUGUCGAUUAUCGGUUUAUCGAUUAACUACAUCUGGAUUUAAUCAUGGCUGGAUUGGUUAUCUUUGCCCAGGUUAUGUGCUCAUUUCUGCAAGUCUAUCAAGAAAAAGUUUAUGAUCUGCUGAAUCCUCGGCUUAUGGUAGAUUUACCAGUCAGGGAACAUCCGAAGAAAGGUACGCACGCGUUCCUAACAAGAACCAAAUUUUUGUCAAUUAUCCACAGAUCUCCAGAUGCUGGGUUCUAUUCAAAAAUAAAACUCAAAAGCGGUGGUUAACAUUGUGAACUUUCGCAUUUUUACACACGCUUGACGUUUCGUAUGCUAGUCAACAUAAAUUACAUUUUCAAAAGUGAUCAAAAAUGGCCAAUACCUGUGGCCAAAAAUGACCGUUAUCUUCGCUGUAUAAGUCGCAGUGCUAAUACCAAGAGGACAUGAAACAAGGAAAUGUUUUCCCUCUUAUCAUCAAUAUUUUAUAAUCUAUUGUAGUGAUCAAUAUUCUAAUUCUCUGAAACAAAAAAAGCAGUUUUCGAGAACUUUGAAUUUCUUUUUCCAUAAAACUCUGUAUUGGAGACGGUCAAAGGUUGGCAUUUUAAGGGGUUUCUUUUAGCUCUGAGCACCACUGAAGGGAAAAAUUUAGUUCAAAAUUCCACUGACAUUCUCCCUAUGCGGAGUGGUCUCCUUAUUAAAAGGUAUCAGUUUCUCUUGUUGCUUGUUGAACUUUUCAGUACAAACAGAACUACCCCGAAUCAGGCCCCGCCCACACGAAACUGUUUUUGUUUGAAAACGGAUAUUUUCUCUCUGGUUUGGCCUACAAUCCACAUGUAUCCGUUGAAAACGGUCACCGAAAACGGAUCUUUUUAAAAAUGCUCUCCAGGGUGGAGUUUUCGCAGGAUUUUCAUUUACGUGUGGACGGACAAAAAUGGAGGUUUUCAAAAACGAUUCGAAUACGCUACAUCAAGAUGCUUAUUUUUUUGACAACAGAGAAAAAAGCCUCGAUUUUUAAAAAUAUCCGGAUUCGUUGGGAAGGGGCUUCAGCGAGAGAAUAAAAUUCAUUUGCAUGAAAUUUUGUUCCAGGUGUUUACGUUGCAAACUUAACACAGCACGAGGUGAAGAGCGCUGGAGAUGUUUUUGCGCUUUUGGAGGUUGGAAAGCAACAUCUUGUUAUUGCCGAAACCAAAAUGGUCAGGCAUUCAAGCAGGUAAAGCACUACUGAAAACAGCUUUUAUUUUCAAAUAUGUGGCACUCAGUUGAGUCUCACAUAGAACUAAUAGUUAGAGUACAGCAAUAAAUAUGCGUCAGUGACAAAGUAUGAAGUCAAGAUUGCACCAUUUCAUGAUGAAUUUAUUUUCUUUGUUAUUUUAACCGAGCUUUGCGGGUAUAUAUUUUCCUCAGUUUCGAAAGGCACGGCUUGAAUCUAAAAAUGUCUCUGGAUUUGAAGACCUCUCUCUAGAAGAUCAGUUCGCUAUGACCGCUGGAUUAAAGAAUUUACAGCCUUAGCCUCCAUCUGAAGUAAUAUAUUCACAAAUUCCAACGAGAAAAAGACCUCUUUAUUACUCUGUCUAUUGUGUAUAUUCAAAUUUCAAACACUCACUCGCCAGAAUUUCUGAAUAUUUUACUUUACGUCGAGGCUAACCCUGUAUGAAUGUGUCGUUAAUGUUUGUAUUCAGCGGUAAUUUUUAAUUCGAAACUGGACUAUUACAUUGUGAGGGUGGUGUUGUAAAUCGUAAGCCCUCUGACACUUCAGUUGUUAGUAACCAAUGGAAGCUCCUCUGUGAAGUUUCAAUAUUUACUCUCUAAGUUUUAUUGUUGGACACAGAAAUCUGGCUGGUUCGUAAUACAGUUAGACCUCCAAUAACGGCCACCUCUCUACAACGGCUACUUUUUUGGCUGACAGUCCAUACAUUGACCCUUGCUGAGAACAAUCACUCAGUGGAACUGUCUUAGGCUUUCUUUGAGAACACUAAUUUAACCAAAUUUAAACAGUCCGUUUCUUCUUCAAUCACAGUCCUGUAAACCCGAAAACAAUGUACUCUGCAUUUUUCUUUUUUCGUAAUAUUUAGCUCUUCCCACGCCAUCAAUCUUCGGCUUCGAAGGGAAGGCGUUACUGGUAAAUAAUAUUAACCUCUCUACCACAGUCACCGCUCUUCAGCGGCUACUUUAUUCUGUCCCCAAGGUGGCUGCUAUGUAGAGGUUUAACAGUAACCACAAAACAAGAUAAGGCUCCACUUAGGAGCAAGAUGAAGCUUUGACGACGAACAAAAGCAAAUCGACAAACAACUUCUUUUUCCCCACAGGUCUCACUCCAUCAUGCAGCUCAUUAUAGAAAGAAGACUCAAGGAACACAUCGCCAAUGGUAAGAAAGUAAACAAUUCAAGAAAUUCUAAAGCGAGUCGAACUCCAACAACAUUGACUAGAUUUGAAGGCGGAAAUUUAAACCUGGCAAAGAACUCCGCGCAAUCACCGCCACCAACACCAUGAUUUAUUGCCCUCAGUCUCUAAAAUCCAAAAUACAAAAAUUAUCAAAACACCUUCCUAUGUCCCAGCAACACAGAAAGGACUUCAUUUAUUUCAAAUUCCUUCGAUAGCCUUUGAAGUGACUCUCUAGUUGGCAAAGGGGAAAAAAGAAGGAGAGAAGUUAAGAACAGCCGGGGAGGCGGAAAGGGGGAUGGAAAGGGAGGAGGGAGGGCCAGAAACAUCUCAGGCUCCCUAUCUCUCCACAACACGCUUCCCUGGGAGUCUGAUCACAGGCGUCCCUCGUAUUUCUUUAAAACCAUCACCAAGUCUUUUUAUUAUGGCGGGCGUUCUAAAGACAUUCAUUUCUCAUUUAAAAGAAAAACCGCCGAGUGAAAGUGACACCUCCGCGUCUCAGGAGACUGUUCAAGAAUCCAUUAUGGCUGUUGACGAAACCAUUAACAACCUCAUUAAAGAACUGAAACAGGAGAGGAAAAGCCAUCAUAAGGUAAAGCCAUGUGGCACAUUUAACGGUUUAUGACAAUUUAAUUUAUAUUCAUAAAUAGUUGGUGUGUGUGGACUCUAAAACUGCGAAGAAUGUAUGAAAAAAAGGCAAAAACGACACAUUAUGUAUUGUAUAGAGAGGCCAGUUUCCCUAAGUUUUAAAAUGUCUUUUAGAUACUGAAAGCGAGUAUUGAAAAAUUUGCGCUCUCCAGUUUUUGAAAUCUCUUUCCAGCUGGUUCUUAUGUAAUUUGAGUCUGCUAAAUUUCCUGUACUCAUGCCUGUAUUCCCUAAUUCCAUUUUGUUGUUGUUUUCUUGAAUAGACGCUUUCGAUAAACAUUUAAGAAUAAAAAUCAACGAAAAAAAUUUUGAAUGACGUUUCGAUGACUCGCUCAUCAUUUUCAAAUUCUAAAAAGUUAGAUUGUUAAAAGUUCUUUAUAUAUUAAGAAUGCGUGUGAAGUCUCGUUGCACGUGAUUAAAAACUACAAUGUGGAAUGUAGUGAGUGUUAAUUAGGUACUAAAUAGUUUCGCUUUUAUUGAGUCUGAUUGAGUGUUCAGUUUGGGUUUCUAUUCCUGGAUAAAAAGCAUUUCGUAGAUCAAGCAUUCAAAUUCCCCACGACAUGUUGGUUAUACUCGCCGACACCUUUUCCAACGCAUUGAUGAACACAAGCACUCAGCUAUUGGAAAACACCUGCGUGACUCUCACAAUCAGAAGAACAAAGAUCUCACUGAACAAUUCACUAUACUGAAGAAAUGUCGUGGGAAAUUUGAAUGCUUGAUCUACGAAAUGCUUUUUAUCCAGGAAAAGAAACCCAAACUGAACACUCAAUCAGACUCAAUAAAAGCGAAACUAUUUAGUACCUAAUUAACACUCACUACAUUCCACAUUGUAGUUUUUAAUCACGUGCAACGAGACUUCACACGCAUUCUUAAUAUAUAAAGAACUUUUAACAAUCUAACUUUUUAGAAUUUGAAAAUGAUGAGCGAGUCAUCGAAACGUCAUUCAAAAUUUUCAUCGUUGAUUUUUAUUCUUAAAUGUUUCUUGAAUAGACCUGAAAUAAUUUGAUUGAAUUUUAUAUUUCAUCAUAGCUAUAAAAUGUUUUUUUUUUUUAAUUUUUUAGCGUGAAAGGGAAUGCCUUAAAGAGCUAAUGGAGAAAGAGGUGGAAAAAGUUUCUUUGGUGAAUUAGUCCUUUACUUAGAUAAAAGACAACUUGAGACUACUUUUAACAUGCACAAAAGGCUUUAAAGCAAAUGAUACAGGGUCCAACACCCUUCUACAUUUGUCAAACAAUUAACCGGCCGAGCAAUGUCGCUGUUCAGCAAGUUACAACUUGAUGAAUUGUUCAGGAGCCUUUGACCUGUUGAAUAUCAGCAAUGCAUGAUGCACUGUUCAACGUUUGUUGAACAAUAGCAGCGGCAUUUGUAGAUAGUCGACAAAUGUCCAACCGUGCACUUCUCUGUGAGAAGCUCGUCUUGAAUAUCACACUUUUGCUUUACGGUAAAUCACAAAGUAGAUGACUUCGUCAGUUAAAUUUCACUGUCUCUUUCCUUUUUACAAUCUUAAUUUUAUAAAGAUGAUGAUGAUGAUGAUGUUUUUUUUCGGUUUCUAGCUGAACAACGGAAACAAUUUUGAAGGGGAUCUUAUUCUAAAAGGAAAAAUCAACUUGUAAGUAUUUUUUUGGUUUCUUUACUGUAUGGUGGUAGAGAAAUGAAAAGCACGAAGGAUAAACGAUCAUGGCUAACUCUUUUUCAGGUGUGAUUUAGCCGGAAGUGAGAGGCUGACUAAGACAAAAGCUGAAGGAGUACGCUUGACAGAGGCAAAGUAUUUGAAUACAUCAUUGCUUGAGCUCGGGUAGGUUAAAAUAUAGAUUAAAAAAAACAUAAUUACAUUAUUUCGUGAGAAUUGAGCUCCUCCUUCGCGAUGCUUCAUAUACUUCAUAUUGGCAAGCAUUUUCACUUAAAAUGACCUUUUAAACAAUCCUGAAACGUGCUGGUAAGAUUCAUCGUCACGACGACGCCCGUUUUGUAGGACUGUCCCGAAGAUUCUUAUUACUUGUACUAAGACAGUACAAAACUUUUCAUUGUACAAUGUUAACGUUUUCUAUUUACAAGUGAUGCAAUAAGUACGUUUUAUUGUUUAAAUAAGGAAAGUUAACACCACAGGCUACAAAGUUUACAUCGAAAAGAAGCGCGUAUAAAAUUAGAACUGAUAAAAAAAAGCGUAAAUAGAAAUGCGCAUAUUACAGUCGCACUUCUACUAACGGUUACCCGUCUCUUCCUCAAUGGCCACUUUAUUUCUCUUGGAAGACAGUCCAUAAAUUCAUUCUAUCAUUCUAGGUUAAACUUUUUCGGCAACCUCUCUCCCGCCUUUUGGGCAAUGGCCACCACAUUACGUCCCGAUUGCAUUCAAGAAAACCCCUCCUCGAUAACAAUUUAAAAGCAAAAGAAGUUCAACUGAUAUACUGUCCCCGCUUUGUUUUGUUAAGGACAGAUAUUAUAUACUGUCGAUUCAUUUUCUUACCCCACCCCUCAGCAAUGUGAUUUAUGCUCUUGCACGGGGACACAAGCGUCAUGUGCCGUAUAGGAAUUCAACUCUUACCAGGCUCUUGCAGGACUGCCUCGGCGACAAUGGAAAAACGAAUUUCAUAGUAAGAAAAUAACUAGCAGUACUUGUUUAUCUAAUCUCUUACUUGGCAAUGCCUUUUUGAGGCCUUAGGCACUGUAGGAAACUUAUAACAGUUAUAAAAUGAAAUCGUCAUUAUCGUCAUUAGCAUCAUGAUUACUCACUAUUAAUUUUAGAGUACACAAUUUACUGAAUUUCGUUUUGUACACAAAAUCCAGGGCUAUUGAAAAAAAGAAAACAACAUUUAAGUCAUGAUCUAGGUGACAAUGUAUGUAUAACAAGUAUGAAAGUUGAACGGAAGAUGAGUGUUUUAUUUACUUAGGCCUAGGUUCGCCGAUUCUUGGCAGGGUCACCGCAACAACACGUGGCAACCAUUACUGUGGGCACGUAACAGAUCCUCUCCCCAGUGAGAGAUAGACCACAACACCGGGGGCCAGGCCCCCUACUAUUUACAGUGUUUGGAUACAAAACAUCAGACAAAACAAACAGAGUGUGAACAAAAUAUCCCACAACAGUUUUCUAUAUCUGUCUAACCAAGACCCUGAUAAAUACCUUUCUCACAACUGUGUUGUGCCUAUAGACCACAAUAAAAAGUCAUCCAAAUAACAACCUGCCAACGUAUUGCUCUCUUUGUUUCUCUUUUUGUUGUUUUGUAUGCAGAUUUGCAUCGCACCGUCGCUUGCCGAGGUUAACGAGACAAAAUGCAGUUUAAACUUUGGUCUUAGAGCCAUGAGAAUAACAAACGUUGCGCGACUCAAUGUUGAGGUAAGAAGCUACAUAACAGCUGGCGCUUGGUAACAAACCACCAAAACCUUUCCCGCAUUCCACACCUGUGAGCGUACACAAUAGAGAGGAGAGGUUUGACGUCACGUUACCAUGGUAGCAAAAUUUCUGGACCUCAACCAUCUUUCUUGACAGAAAAGGCAAGUGGCAUUGUCGAACGACGGAAGAAAGUAUGGGCUCCCGUUUCGUUCCUGAUUUCAAUCAUGCACAGGAAAGUCAUACUCGUCAUAUUAGCAGGACCACGGUUUCUUGAGAUCCAGCAAUUUUUCUCCAUGGCAACGUAACGUACCUAUUUCUUCUAUCUCUAAAACAAGUAGAAGGAUUGGCUUUGAAUUUGGUCAUCAAAAGCCUCGAGUUGGUGUCUUUGUUCACAGGAAUGCGGGAACAGUCUAUUGCUUCGUAAACACGAUUAAACCUGUGAACGUCUUCGUUAAAUUACAGUCAACCAAAUGAAGAUAAUCAUGACACCAUUGGAUCCAAAAGGAACCUAAAACUUGACAAAUCUGACUAUUAAAUACCAACAAUGACCACCAUAAAAUCAACACAACAUAGAAAGUAGGGAGCUUUAGCAAUGACGACGGCGACGGCAACCAGGACGUCAAAAAAGCAAUGGGUUUACUACGCAAAACAACAACUUUGCACGUGCAUCACGCUUUUUUGUACAUUUCUUUACCGUCCUUGCACGACUACGACGUGAAAAUGCCUAAUUGCAAGUUUGAUGGAGGACGUAAACAAGCGACGACGAAUCUCUUUUUCUCUCUCUAAACUUGAGUACGGUCCUCAAGAAAUCAACUCCAGGGAAAUUCGCCUACACUUGCCAUUUUCAGCAAAUUGGAAUAAACGCGAAAAAGAUUGAAAAAACGGGAUUUCAUUUUAAUACUGACGUUUUCGCUGCCGUUGCCGUCGUCGAUGCUAAAGCUCCCUAAUCUCUAAAUGAGAUCCCAUUCAUUAAAUUGUCGUCACUGACAUCACUGAAGUCCUGACCCAGUCGAGAUUCCCGCGCAAAAUAGGUCUAUUUCCUACACCCUAUACUAGUAAAAAUAAAAGUAUCGAAGAAACAUACUCUUAAAUGUGAAUGUCGUGUUAGGGAUUUUCAUCUACCCUGUAUCGUGUAGAGUGAGAGACUGUAGCUACAUUGCGCAAGCUAAACCAUAAAAAAAGUGAGAUCUUAUGCAACCGAAUCUUGUUUAAAUGCAUUCGUUAACAGGUUGAUUAUAAAGUGUUGGCUGAAAGACUGGCAAAGAAACUGGAAGAUCACGGUAAGAUUAGAUUAUUGCGUCUUUGGGGCCCCUUCCUAGCUUAUUCCUAAGACGAUUUUAUCUCUACGCCGUUGCUCCUUAACUGAAUGCAAGUACUUUUCUGUUAUAGGUACCACUGUAAAAGUUAUAUUUUACGAUUGUAAACACUUCCUCAAAUUGAAAACCACCCUGCACAGAAAACAAAAUGUCACGAGAAGGUACUCAGGAUCAGUGGUUUUAAAAUGAAUGGUCACAGCGUUUGACCAAUGCACUCGCCCAGCAGUAUAACGGCACUAAGGAAAAAUGCCACUACCCAUCUAAAACUUGAACUGAUUUAUCUAUGGGCUGACACACUUUGCAAAACAUUAAAAAGACAAUAAACACUACACAGGAUGAGAGUGGUUUCGCUGCACCAGUCGACCGAGUAGUCGCCAGUUCAACUCCAUGACAACAGGUUUACCGACUGGAGGAUUUUAACUGUACUGUACUGUACUGUCUUAGACCGACGGCGUUGAGACACUAAAAAAGCGUCCAAUUUAACUAGGUGUCUUUCUUAUAAGGAAAUAAGAAAAGACUCGCAGGGUCCAACUCCAGGGCCGAGUUGUUCAAAGCUGGGUUAAGAUAACCCAGGGUUAGUGCGAGAUUUGAAUUCAGAUUUGAAAGCUUAAAAGGCAUCUCAGUUUUAAUUCUUUUUGUCUACAAGUUGAUGAUUGGAAGCUUUAAAUAUAACAGAGAAAAUUAUCCAAGAAAAUAAUUUGAAGAAAAAGGAAACCGGGGUUAAAUUUAACCCCGGGUUAAGCGCCAAUCGAACUUUGAACAACUGGGCCCAGGUGUCUUUUUAUGGAUAUGUAUCUCUUAUAAAGGUGUCCGUUAAAAGAGAAUUGGUCGUGUUACGUAUUGCUCGGUAUCUCUUAUUAUCAGCUUGAGUACAAGGCGAGUUGUGAUUGUGGAAUGCAGAGUGCAAAAACACCAUAGAGUUUAAUGAUGUGUGAAUAUUUUAUGCUCAGAUAUCAAGUACAAAUUCGAGAAGUUGGAAUACCUCAGAGAAAUACAACGCUUAAAGUCCGCUAUUACCUGCUACCAGGAAAGCGAGAAUUUCGCUGGAAAAGAUGUAAGUCUCUCCGAUUCACUUCAUCCUAAGCAAUGUACGUAUAGAAACGGUCAAGGUGAAAAUGGCAGAAUAAUCUCUCACCGCGGGUUCUUAUUAUUCCACCUUCUCACAAUCAUCGCCUUCUACAGAACGGCCUCUCCAACAUUCACACCUUUCAGCUUUGGAGAAUUUACUUACCUUUUAAAAAAGUUGACGAAAAUGUUCGCUGCACUGAAUAGCAGAUUUAACUUUAAAGUAAACAACAAACUGCAUGUCCAUUUAGGCUGACCUUCGGUGGCUGACAAGAAAAAGCAAAUUUAUAUUUUCCAUAAAUACGAUGAUAUCUUUUCAGCUUGUUUCAGGAAAUUACUUCUUCGUCAUGUUUGUUAUCCUUUUUUCUCUGCAGCAUGAGAAACUGGUUUCUGUGAUUGCUAACCUCUCCAAAAGCGUCCAGAGAGAAAAGGAGGAGAAGAACAAUCUCCAAACAAAACUGGUCUGUCUCAAGAAACAAGUGUCUCAACCAAUGGGAAGCUCCCCUGAUGUCGAGGCCAUCCUGUUGGCAGAACUCAUGUCCUUGGACCUAUUGGCAAAUUUACAAACCCCGGAUGUAGCAAAGAGUAUUCUCUCUGACACAUCGUUGCCUGCGAAAGUCAAAAGCCAUCUAGCUUUAUUUGAAACCCAAGAAGCGCUUUUGAGCAACGCUGGCUGCUUUCUGCAACUGCUUGAUUUACAUCUGGUCUGUAAUCAGGAUUUUAUCAGGAGAAAGGACGGAGCGCCCGGGACAAAAGAUCAUCUUCAGUUUACUUUGCCUCGGCCAGGCGCAGUGGAGAUGUCUCUCAAAGACUCUUCUAGAAGUGUCUCCCAGGAACCUAAUCUAAGUCUAUCCAUGUGCAACCCAGCAAGUGAUGAAACCAAUACAGGAUUAGCCGGGGGAGUGAGGAAGAUGCUGGUUAAACUUAUUGGUAGAGACUCUAGGGAAAGGACAUCGCCAGAUGCACAGCUCAGUGCCCGCUCAUUCUCUAAUGGACACGGCUCCUUGUCCGAAAAUCACGUAAGGGUGACUAUGCCUGGUCGAAGGGAGAUCAUGGUUAAGACAAAAGCGCUUUUAAAACAGCUGUCGAAUUCGAAAGGAAACGUGGAGCAGCAAGUGUUGAACUUGAUGUCGUCGCUGGUGGAGGAACAAGUUAAUGGCAGUGAAGGUUAGUGAAAGAGACAUCAAAUACUUGUGGUGCAGCGGUGGUGUGCAGAGGUUGCGAUUUUUAGGGAGAAAAUUGCCUUGAGAAGUUUUGCUGUGACAAAAGAACUUUGAAAACCUUAACCUACUAAUUUCAGCACUCUGUAAUUUGGUUUUUCACCUACAACGUGACUUUUUCCCGUCUUGAACAUGCUCACUUUCCAAGGCAUUGGUUGUAUUACGGUUUCGUGUCUGACCAUCCUGUUUACAUAAAAAUCGUGCGCUAACGAUUUGUCUACUAUCCUUAGAUUCAAACAUCCACUACACCUGAAAAUAAGGAAACACCAUGAUCGUGAAGUGAACUCACGGUUGCUUGAAUUUAUAAGUAACUAGACUCGCCGAAAACCGACCUCACUGGGCUGCCAUAAAACCUGUGUUGCAUAAAAACGAGAAGUUUUCUACAACAGACAGGCAACAGCUUAUAAUAAAAGGAAUCCACCCAUUAAACCAAUCCAGAUCGAUCCAUGGGCCUCAUUCAACCAAUUGCACUGAGACUAUAAAUAGAUGAUAAUCUUAUUUUAAAAUUAUGGUCGACACCGCGAAAGCGCAUUUUGCCACAAGAUAAAGAUUUUUUCCUUUCGUUUCCUGUUAUUUUUCUUCAACUUAAAGGAAAUAGCUGUUCGUUUUUUGCGACCUCAAAAAGUUAAAAGAUUUAAUUACCCUCGUGUUGAUUUCAUCAAAUGAACUUUACAAAAAUGUAAACAGAUUAAACUGUCGACAACACAAUUUUUUUUAUACCGUAAUACGAGUUGAAGAUUCGCCAUUUUUCUCAGCCGUGACUAACGUAUUUUCAUGGAAGAAAUUUAUCCUCUUGUUUACUCCUCCGACAUUUUAGGCUAAACGCUUUCCACAGGUAAAUCCGUGGGUGGCUAAGGACUGAACUAAACUCACCUUGAAAUACAAUAGCUCGUGACUUCGUUUACAUCUAGCCUGGGUGAUAGUGAUGAUUGCAACAACUUAAAUUGAAGCCCUACGGUUCAUUCAUAUAAUACUGUACUUAUCCGUCAGAUUUACAGUGUACGAAUUCAAAACACUUUCAGUAAAAUACAUGUGUAAGCUUAUGUCACGUGAAGUUUCGAGUGAAAUCGAUUUAUAUAGGUUUUUCAAGAUCCCACUUUCGAUCGAUUUAGUUUACACCUUCAUCAAAAGGUUUGUAUAGCGAAAAACUUAAAGCCAGCGAACUUGAAUGGGAGAUUAGCAAAACAAAGUCAUGCGCAAAUUUAAUUCAGAUAAAAGCUUAGUAAGAUACAGAUACAAACAAUAGCAAAAACUCUGACAACCUAUAGGAAGCAAAGUUACUGCACCAGUAAGUGACUUGCCUUUCUCAAAACGCUUUGCUUUUUCUCUUACUGCUCAUUUGCCCUCUCGCCAAACUGAAACCGCCACCUUCGCAGGCUAAGAGAUAAACCUGUGUCCGGAAUUCUCGAAGUGUAAAUCCGUCGUCCGAGUCUUCUUUUUUAUCUUUAAAUAGAAGCUGCAAAAGUGAAAUGCUGAACUGGGAAAACAUACUUUGUCGAAACACACACCCCUUUCUGGGUUAAACUGGCCUGGGUGAACAAUUAACAGUGCCCGUAUGAAAGUGCCCGAAUGUUGCGGAGACGACUGAACGGAAGAGGAGUUAUAACUGGGCGUGCCUUGAGGCAGCCCAGUAAUUAAUUUACACCUUGUGAAAACUUUUAAUAACUACGCUUUACACAAAAAGAAUGAACAAAUUUGAUCGAAACAGCUAAUAUAUUUUGAAGAAGCCCUUUGAUUCAACCUUUUCUCCAUGUUACUUAUCCCCUUAACUUAACAAAAUCUCGUAACAUCGCGGCACUUAAUUGCAUGCUUCAAUGCCUUUUAUAGAAUCUUUGGCGGAAACGUUGCAGUGGAACGAGUUGAGGAAGAAGCUCACCAGAUUGAUCAUGUUUCGACGAAAUAACAUGCCAAGUAAGAAUAAACAUCUGUUUGGACUUGGAUAUAUUGGGCUAGUGAUAAACCUAAUCUUACUGUUUAUUGGUAUAUUCACUUCUUUACUUAUUUUUAAUGCAAUUGCAUGGGUUAUCGUAGGCUUAAGUGUAAACUUUUUUGAUCAUGUAAUACGCAAUAGUAAGUCCAGCAAAAGGAAUUCAGCGCAUUGCAGCUCUGCGGCACACUUAUCAUUGCGUGUGUUGUUCAUUGUUUGUUCACAAUGUUCUUGGAAAAUGUCAUAUGCGCUUUCAUGAGUGACAAAAUCGAAUCUCACUUAAAACUAAAAGUUACUCUCCAUAACCAUACUUUUUUUAAUAACCAUACUUUUCCUUGCAGGUUUAACUGACGCGGAUUUGUGGGCAAACUCUGAAAAUUUAAACUCUGUUCUGGAGAACUGUCUUCGGUUUGUGAUCAUUGACAAAACACUACUGGCAUGCCUGCUUGUUAUAGAGCUUGUAGAUCUACGACAAGCCUGUGAAAUUAACGAAGGAAGGCGACACAAUCCCACCGACCCAAACCAAAGUAUUGCGCAAGAAGACGCACUUAAUCCAAAUAAAUCAUACAACGAAAAGUCUGGCGCUAAGGGGGAUAUUGAAAUAUCGACGAGUACCGGAAACAGAAAAGGCGCCUUCACAGGUCAAGAGACUGAAAAAAAACCAAAGGAAUCGAUAUCACCAAGACGAGAAAAACUUCGAAAUCUCAAACACAGUAAAACAGAACUUGAAAAGGAAAUCAGCGAAGUACACGAGGACACCAGCAAGCUUGAAACAGAGCUCUUCUCCACAAUGGAAGAGAAGACUAAGGUCGAAGAAGAACUGUUCGGAAUGAAGCAUCACGUCACGAAACUACGAUCUGAAUUGUUCCACCUUAAACUGGAAAAAUCAAACUUGGAAAAUGAUGUCAAAAGGUCCCAGAGCCAAGAGAAUUUACAGCAAUCCAUUGAUGGGGACGACGGAAAGGUCGUCGUUGAAUCACCUAAAGAGGUGGUAAGAACUUACCCAGAGCUCUCUGACGUUAUGGAAGUUUCACAUGAAAGUAACGACAGUGAAAACAGUUCUCAGAUGAGCGAUGGACAUGAGUCCAGAGAAGCGUUCUUGAAAACAUGUAUGGAGAACAUAUCCAAGAUUUACCCCUUUAUGCCUCAACCUGGCAUAGAGGCAGCUAGUGACGAUGAAUUAACUGAUGAUCAGGAACCCACGUUUUCCGACGCGAACAUAGACGACAGCGAUGAAGAGAUCAUUAUUACGAAACUUGCACGAAGUCUCCGCUCACCUUGCACAAGCCCAGCCAAAGAGAAAUCAAGCGAAGCGACAUCACCAAGUAAGAGUGGAAAGAAGCUGAAUGCUACCGCUUUAGGUCCAAGGCAAAAAGCGAUUAUGGCAAACGAUAACAACGAAGACUUGAAAAGCAAGUCACGGGAAGCACUUGUGAAACAAAUACAAGAGUUAAAGAGAAAGUUGCACAAAACCGAACAAGAAUUAGCGGAAGCUCAAGAGAGUAGCGAAGAUUUGGAAGAAGAGCUCGAUCACAAGAAAGGACAGUUAGCAGAGGCACAAGAAACCAUAACCAAUCUGGAAAACCAGCUGGUAGAAGAGAAGGAAAAUUGUGAACAGGUUCGAGAAGAGUACUUCAAUGUCAAAACCCAGAGGGAUAUACUCGAUGAAAAGAUAAAGGCUUUACGAUCAGAAUUAGAGAGGGUGUUGGUGAGAGAAAACAAUGCUCUUAGUGCUGCACUGAAAACGUCUCAAGGUUAUAGAAGCGACAAUCCACCUCCCUCGCCAACCAAGAUAACGACAAAGUCUUCACUGAAGUCUCCUGGGAAAACAAAGGUCGGCAAAAUUGACCUUCGAAAUCCUCCUCAAACUCAGUUCACAUCAAACGAGAUGGAAGUGGUUGGCCUCCUGGAAGAAACUGCUGAACUGAAAGUUAAACUAGAUAAAGCGACACAGGAAAAAGCUCGACUGGAAAAGUCACAAAAAUUCCAAGAAGAAAAAUCAGCAAGGAUGACAGCUGCCUUAAGAACAAGCGAGGAUGCAUGCAGCCGACUCAAAAACGAAUUCGCCAUUCUUAAAAAAGAGAAGAUGAAGUUGGAAGGUGAAAUUGUUGAUAUGCGAAACAACAACUUGAAAAUUGUGGACGAACUUCAGAAGUACAAAGACAAGUCAUCGCGUCUCGAGAAGGACAUUGAAGCCAUUUCGUACAUGAGCACGAGACUAGAAAAAGACAACAAAAUGCUCGAAAUGGAGAUUUCUAAGAUGGAAUCUGAUUUAUCUUCUUGUAAAAGCAAACAUGAAGUUGCGUCCAAGGAAUGUAAACGCCUCAACCAAGAACGAGUUCAGGUUGAGAAAGAGUGCGAAAAGGCUCUUCAUGAACUCGAAACUCUCAAAAUACAAAAUACUCAGUUGUUGGAAUCCGAGGUGUCUGAACAGAAAAGACUGAAUUGUAAUUUGCAGAAAGAGUUGGCAGGCAUGGCGGAAUACCAGGAAGCGUUAGAAAAUGAAUACUCGAAGGUAAAGAGCAUGGAACAGAGUCUCAGGCAAGAACUAGCUAAAGUAAGUUCUCGUGUGGUUGAAGUGGAAACAGAACUCGCCACAGUUACACAAAAUAGCCACACUGAAGGAGCGACUGCCAUCUUCAGGGAAGACAGUCUGAACUUUGGGAAGGAAUCGUACAACAAUACACAGAAGCCAGAGUUAAUCAAGGGGAAGAAAACGUUUAACAAAACUCCUAGUAAGAAAUUUUACACCAUCACACAUACAAGUGAGGAUGAAAUAGGGGACACAUCUUCAUCCAUAGCUGAAUCGCCUGCAGACGAGAGCAAGCAACUAGAACACGAAUAUCAGCUACUGAAGCUCGAGAAUGGGUACCUUCAACAGCAACUAUCAGAAAGUGAACACGUUCUUACAAUGUACAGGCAAGACCUAGAAAGUGCUCAUGAUCUCAUAGACAAACUACAAGCUAAAGAAGCUAAGGUAUUAUUGAUAGACCAGAAAAAGGAGUUACCAGAAGAGGACUGUAAAACUCCUUCAGACAAGGACGAUACGAUUAAGGAGAUUAAAGAAUACCCUGAUAAUGCGAAUGACGAAUACAAGUUACUGGAAGAAAAACAUGCUGAGCUGACCAGAGAAUAUGAAAUCUUACGACAGCAAUAUCAGGAGGCUCUCACCGACCAAGAAAAAGGUGCGGACGGAGUGGCUAGAGAAACCACAAAUUUGAUACAAAGCGUACCUGCCACAGACCAAACAGAAAAAGUGGUAUUAAGUGCGAAGAAAGAUGUUUCAGGUCUAACGGAGAGAAUUACAGAGCUAGAAGCUGACAAUGGGCAAUUGAAUAUACAAGCAGAAGAACUAUCAAGAAAUGAAAUGGCUAAAAUUGUUCUAAUGAGGUCACUAGAUGACGCCAAACAGGAGAUUACCCAGUUGAAAAGUGAUAAUAAAGCGUUGAGAGCUCAAAGAGAUGUUAAAAUUCUGCAACAAAGCACCAGCGGUGGCCUAACGAAUCCACUGCAACUAGAACCCAUGAAAGACGUUUAUCGCAGGGUAACGAGCGAUGACGACGAGGUCAUAAAGCGAAAACUCGAAGAGGAUCUCUUGAAAGUUACGAGCGAAAAAUUGAAGCUUGAAUUUGAAUUAACAAGUGCUAACAAAGACUGUGAACGUCUUAAGAAUGACCUUGAUCACAGUGAGUCCGAAAGAAAUCUCUUGAAUUCGCAAUUAAAUGAAAAUAUUGAGAAAGCGGCAAAUUUGGAAGUACGUCUCGUGGAGAUGCGAUGUUCUUGUGAAACGAUUAAGGAAGAGAUCAACAUGCUGAAGAAUCAGAAGCGACAAGAAAGUUUUCACCUACACGAAGCAAGUGUUUGCAAAGAGAUCUUGGAGAAGCGUUUAGAAGAUGCUCUCAAAGAGAACAACUUUUUGCGUCAAGAGCUGGAUACCUUGCACGAGGAAAGAAGAGAGAACGAAAAGAACAGUGCAAAAUUAGAAAAAGAGAAAGACCAACUAACGAUAGAAAUAGAAAACGUAAAAACACAGAUUCGAAAGUUAGAAGUAGAAUUUGAGGAGUCGAAAGCCGGGAGCGAGACGAGACAGAACGAAAAGAACCAAGAUGAAAAGAUGACGCACGGCGAUUCUGGUAUGGAAAACUUUGUAGGUUGCAAUAAGCGAAAUAAAGACGAUCAGGAACAAUCACCGUGUCAUCGCGAAGAAGUAUACAUCACCACCGACCACAGCCAGAUGAAAAAUCCACUGGAGGAAGUGAAACAUGUUAAGGAAAGCCAUGAAACUAUUACAAUUACCACAACAGAUAAUUGUGGUCAAUGUAAAGGAAAGGAAGAUGAGGCAAUAGUUAACUACCAAACUGAAAACAAGUCUCAGGGCGAAAGAACCACAUUUGAUACAUUAGAAAUUGAAAAACAUACAGUAUUACUGGAAAAAGAGAAAAGGCUUCUGGAAAAGGAACUAACCAGAGUCCAAGAAGAAUGCAGUAAGCUAAAGCAGAAACUCGAAGUCAUCAAAUACGCAUCGGAGAAUACGCAAACACAGGAAGAGAGAAGAAAAGAUUUAGAGGAAAGACAUGAUCAGCUACAGAAGGAGCUUCAAGAGCUCCGUGCUUUAAAUCAGAGACUUGAAACAGAGUGCGAUGACUCGCAUAAAUUAAUACAAGAGCUAGAGGUAAAGACCAAGGCACUGGAAAGCUUGCAAAAAGAGCUUCAUUGCUUUCACAAAGAAAACGAGCGGUUGACGCAUGAGGUGGAGAUAAUACAAAACACGAGUAAAGCCAUGACAGAUCACCAACGUAGCAGGGAAUCGCUGGAGUCAGAAAACGCUACCCUUAAAGAAAAACUUGAACGCCUUAAGGAUUGCAACAGGAAACUGCAAACGGAAAUAGAGGAGCUGGGUAGAGAGCUGCUCACUUUUAAAGAGCAAAGCAGGAAUAUUAGUAAAGAUUCAUCAGAAAAGAGUAACGUAUCACUCCAAAAUCAAGUUGAGAAGCUUCAGAAGAUGCAGAAACAUCUUGAGAGUGAACUCGCAUCAUCUCGGGAAAAGAUCAAAGAACUUGAAUUGGCGAACGAGUCUCUGAGGAAGGAGAACAAGGCUGUGAAAGGUAGAAUUAAGAGCCUGGAACAACGAAAUGAAGAACUGCGACGGAAGGAUGGCAAGAAGAAAACAAACAACGCCGAAAAUAAGCCGAAGGCAAAGAUCAAAGGGGAACCGAUUGCAUUAAAAGACAGCAAAGAGGCUACAUCUGUACAAAGCAAAACAGCCGAGGAAACGGCAAAGAACUUGCAAACUAAAAUUGAACUUCUGGAAAACGAGAAGAUCCAAUUAGAAGAAAAACUCAACAGUUUAAAAGAAAAAAGUAAUGGUGCAGUCACGCCAGCACCUCGUGCCACUAUGGGUACUCAAACCACGGAACUUCAAUCCGAACAUGAGAUCGUGGAAACGCUUAACACUGUAACGCCUUCUAUCUUAAAAGACCACAACAAAGCAAAUGCAAAACCUGAAAACGAAAGUGCAAGCACACCUUUAACUAUCGACAUGCAGACAGGGUACUCGUUGAUGGCAAAGGAGAAAUUGGUACUGGAGAGGAAGGCUACGCAUUUCGCCAGAACACAGAUGCAACUAGAGCAAGCUUUUGCUAAGGCGAUGAAGGAAAAUGCGAUGUUAAAGGCCAAAGUUGGCGAGAAAGAAAAUGUCCUUGAAAUUCUUCGUGAGAAAGUACAUGAACUGGAGAAAAAGAACUCAGCGCACUUAUCUGCCGUGGACUUGAAGCAAAAUGUGCUAAUAUCCAGCGACAGUGAGUCAGAAUUUGAACAAGACAAAGCCACAGAGCCCUCGACAAAAGACCAGGGUAAAAGCGAGAAUGCAGACUGUGAAACCAGCUUGCACGAAGCGUUGAAAUCAGCAAAGAGUAACAGUGAGUGCCCGUCAAACCCAUUGCAGCCUGACGUUGAAGAAUCAAGAAGGGAAAAAGAGAAGCUAGUUGAAAUGGCUAAGCUGAAACUUCAACAGGAAAGUUGGGAAAACGUCCCCAAGCAACAGGAAGAUCUGCAACUCUUAGUAAUGGAGGUAGAAAAAUUAACCACGGCGAAUAAUCAAAUCUGUCUGAUAAAACCAUCCCGGAUCGAGGUUGAACAACCACAACGUGAAAGUACUCUAGUUGACAAGGAAACCACCACCGGACUUACCAGAGAAGUUCCGCAGUUCAUCUUGCCUGGUAAUCACGGAUGCGAACCACAAUCAGUGCAGCCUGAUGUUGCUGAUCAAAUAGGACCACAAAAGGAAACGGAAGAACUGGUGCAAGAAAAUCAAUGCUUCAAAACUGAUAAGGAUGAUGUGGAAAAUGCCCUAGAACAGAAAGGCCAUGAAGCCUUAAGCGAAGAAUCGACAGAGGAAGAACAGGCAACUUUUAAAGAUGUCUGCCAAUUAAAGACAACUCAAUUUGAAUUUGGAAGGGAGCAACUGGUAGAACAUGAUGACAGCAAGUGUCUCGAGAAUCUCGCACAAGAAAAUGCAUUGCUCAAACAAGAAAGAGAGAGCUUACUUAAGGAAUUAGAGGAAGCAAAUAAGCAAAAAAACUGGACGGAGAAUGAGCUAAGGCAUAACAAAGAGUCCUGUCUGAAACAGGAACAAGAGAUGAUACUUUUACUGUCAUCCUAUAGCCAAGAAAAAGAAAGCUUGUUAAAAGAAGUCGAAAACACAAGUACUGAUUGUCGGAAAGCUAAGGAAAAACUGCGAGAAUUGCAGCAGAUCGAGUCUGACUUUGAAGAUAUUCGAAGAAAGGGUAAAGAAGCUGAAAACCUGAUAACGGAACUUGAGAAAGAUUUACUUUCCCAAACAGAGAUCAAAAACAAGUUGAAACGUGAGCUUGAAACGUGUCACAACCAACUUCAACAAAUGAUCGAUCUGGAAAAACAGUUACACUCCUGUAGAGCUGAAAUUAAAGACUUACAAGACAGAAACGAGGACCUUACAGAGGAAGUGAAAAAAUGGAAAGAUGCGAAUGAAGCGCAAUACAGCAGCUUACAGCUGGUAAAAGCAGAGGAACCGAAAAGGAACUCUGUAAGUACAAAUCCAAGCACGCAAAGCUUUCAAAGUCGGUGCGUUCAAACCAUCACUUCUUUCUAUAAAUGGGAAAAUAACCUUCUUGAAGACAAAACAGUGGCAAACGAUAGCCAUGGAGACAACGCUAGCCAUUCAGAAAAUGCUGAAGGUAUUGAUAACGGUAAAGAAAACAGUUACCAGAACAUAACUGAGGAUGUCUCAAACAACACCAAUGCCGUCGAGAGCAACAUCUAUGGUGUUCAAAGCAUCAGCCGUUCCGAUAUCCCAGAAGGUAAUUACGACCACCCAGAAAAAACUGCGGAGAGGACACUAUCAAAUUGCACAGGACCAAAGAUGCUAGAAGAAGCAAUUUAUUACCAGGGACUUCCUAUUCCAAUAAUCAUCGUGUCGCAGUUCGAUGAUAUUGGCAUAAGUAGAAGCGUACACACUACAACAUUCAGUCUUCGCAUUGAAGACUUUGAAUGUGACUCGCCAAACGAUCAGAGCACUCCAGACGAAGAAAACGAGAAUUUUCUGCAUUCCGUGGACAAGGAACGUUGCGGAGAGAUGAAGCCAGAGGGUCCAGUUGGUUGCAAAAAUACUUUACAAGAAAUGAACGAAAAGACAUUGGAGAUAAAUUUACCUUCGGAAACAGAAUUCACGAUCAUGGAAAAUCCGUAUCCGAGGGCGUCUUACACUACGGUUGUCCUGGAACCGGGUGAAACGUCCAGCCUCGAAGCUCCAAGUAAUUUAUUGCUAACUGACCAGCAAAUAUCUGAUGAUGCACCCAGCGACACCUUAAGCAGCAAGCCAAUGGAAAUGGAAGAGAAAAGCUCCAAUGACAUGGAAAUUCCUGACACCAACACUGAUACUGAUAUUUCAAAAUCAAGACGUGAAUUAGAGUGGAAUAUCUCCAGUUUAAAGUCAGAGCUGGCACAACGUGCUGAGGAACACGAGAAAAACCAGCUUGAAAUUGGCUCGCUAAUGGAAGAAAAGCUAUGCAUGAAAAGGGAAAUCAGCUCACUGGUUAGUGAAUGCGAGUCACUUCGGGCAAAAACAGCUGUGCUUCAAACACAGAAUGAAGCGAUUUUGAAGGAACAAAUACUAAACGACGAGGAACUUGAAGAGCUUCAGCAAAACCUAAGAGAUUUAAAAAAAGAAAAAAAUGAGAUCGAAGAAGCUAAAAAGAACCUUGAAAGCCAAAAUGCAAGACUUGAGAUUGAAUUAUCAGACGCCAUGGAAACCAAAGAGGCGAUGGAGCGAGAGCUGUUUCGCGUAAGUUCCGAGGACACAGAUGCGUCAAAACUCAGGUUGGAGACACAACUCCAUGAUAUCACUGAAAGAUACACCAAACUGGAAACAGUGCUGUCAUGCGUGCUUGAUGAGAACUCUCAAAUGACGGCACAGCUCUCGGCACUUCAAGCUGAGAACAACAUGCUAAAGAGCUUUAAGAUUAUGGAAAUCACUGACAACUGCACCCAGUUCUCCCCAAGAACAACAGAAGAUGAAAGUGACGGCGAAGGAACACAAUCUGAGAAAAGAAAAGAAGCUGAGACAUCAACAAAGCCGUUUACCUCAAAAGGUAACUUAACGUUAUCUCUUGGUGAAAAAUUGAUACAGUUGCCUUCAACUAAUUCUCCACCAUCUCCAAACGGUCAAGGAAGAGCUGUCAGCCCUGUUACGCCACGUCAAGCCGUAGGCAAGGCAGGGGAAAACACAUAUCAGUUCCCACGUCCGUCAAUUGUUUCUCGCCAGAAGAAAACAGGACUGUCAAUAGACCACGUGGGAAAUUCGCUUGACGAAGAGAAAAGCAUAAAAAGGGAUCGAGGUCCUUUGACAGCUGAGAAUAGCCAUCAAUCCUUGAGGUCAAGUCAUGAUGCAAGAAAUGGUAGAACUCCCCCAUUGCUGACUGACUAUGAAAGAGUACUCACCGAAAAAUCCCUAAAACACGCUACUCCUAUGAUAAACAGGCUGCCUCAGAGGAAAAGGCUAAACAACAAUUCCAGAAAAUAUGCCAGCUUUGAUCCAAUGUAUGAUGCCUCUGAAGAUGUUCUAACGCGCGAUUCUGAUGAUAAUGAUUCCAGCAUGGAGGUUAACAACACAAGUAGCUCGCUUGUGUCCGCAACGGAUCUCGACAUGAGUAUAUCCUCUGAUCAAAUUUCGUCAGAAGAUAGCACCAAUAUAGGCCCCGAAAUAAGGGUGCUACAAAAGAUGCAGAAAGAACUCGCAGAGACCAAAUGCAGCAAUGUUCUUGUCAAGAAUGAGUUGUCAAUUAUCAAGAGGCACAAUUCGGAUCUUCAGAGUCAAGUGCAAAAGUUACUGAGCAGAAAUAAUCACCUCAAAACUAAAAUGUGUGAGAGGACAUUAUCUGUAAAAAGGAUGGAAAAGGAGGUAUCAAGUAUAAAAGAUGACAAUAACAGAUUACAACAAGAAGCUCUGGCCAUGCAAGAAGAAAUGUCAAGACUCGAAAAAGAAAAGGCUAAAUUCGAGCGCAAUAUGUCCUCGACUAAAUCAGAAAAUAAACGAUUAAAGUCUGAUCUGUCAAGCAUUAAGGCAGAGAGUUACAGAACCAUGAAAGAACUAGUAAACCUACAGAGUGAAAACAGGAGGCUACAACUAGAAAUUGGGAAGCUAAGGGAGGAAAUACGCAGCCUCAAAGGAGUUUUAAGCGAUGAGUCAGUGUCACAAGAGUUACCCUUGUGGGGAUCAUUAUCCAAUGGGGAUCUUAGGAGCGUAUCUCGCAGAGGUUUACAGGAACGACCGGCAAGACAAGACCCCAUCUAUCUCCAGCAGAGAGCGUCCACUGACAUUGCUUUUAGCCAGCACAAAAAACACACUGAGCGGACCCAAACGCCGGUAAGAGGACUUCACAUUGUUAGUACAGUCAAAUCCCGUUUAUACGGACACCGAGGGGACUAUAGAAAGUCUCCGUAUUAUGCGGGUUGAAUUUAGAGAACAUAUGGACUUUCUUUCCCCAGGGACAAAGCAAACUGUCCGUAAUAUUGAGGUGUUCGUAUUAAGCGGGUGUCCGUAAAGCGGGGCUUCACUGUUGUAUCAAAAAACAAAUUAAGUCAGCGUAACGAAAGUUGGAGAGCUGGAUAAUGUAAAAGACAUUAGGAAUAGAAUAUUCCCAGAUGAAACAGUGACAUCCUGUCAUUGAAUAAGAACUGGACUGAUUCAUUUCACGGUUUGCUGAAGAAAUUGGUCAAGGUAUAGGUCUAACCAAAAACGAUGCUAUGAGGUAAUAAUUAGGAAUUCACUCGUCCACCCAGGACACACCUUCACCUUCACGUUUGUCAUGUAAUACACUUAAAAUAGUCAGUCAAUUGUUGGACAGUCUGAAUUGGAUUUCUUCGUAAGGUAUUGUAACAAAUAAAACGAAACAGUGCCAGUUUUGCACUAGCUUAAUUGCGGAAGAACCAGAGAGGUGAAAUCAGACGUCAGCGAGGUCCAUAUUUCAUCCCAUCUCGCCGACCUCGAACAACCAGGGCUUAAGUCAGAUAGCCUAUGACACCAAUUCAAUUAAUCACCCCAGACUGGACGUGGUGGACCCAGCGUUUGUUUGAAUCUGUAGUUUCGUCGAGCGUGCUAAUCUUUAAAGCCCAGAAGUAUCCUUUGUAUCUUUCCCUUGCAUCUUACGGGUUUUCAUACCACAAACUACCGGUAGUCUCCUUCGCAGCCAACAGGGCCAGAGUCACGCGUCGUCUGAAGGGUUUUUUAACUCCCUCUAUUAAUUCGAGGCCUAGUGUUUAAUCUAGAAAACACGGUAAUUUUGUUUUCGCUUGCUCACGAGACAAGGCCUCUUUAAGGAUCUAUUGAUCAGAUCUCCAAAGCACUUUAGUGGACUUCAAUCAUUUAAAAAAAUGUUUCAGCUAAGGUCAUUCUUUCUCUAUUCAUCCUCCUCCUUCAUCUUCUUUCUUCUGACAGGAAUUGCUACCCUUGAACCUGUCUGCAGAGCUAAAUGAUCAACGUUCAGAUGGGGGGAGCAUUGGCAAAGCAUUGACUUCAUCUGGUAAGUUUCUCGGCGCAUCGAACACAUAUGAUUUCCCAAGAGCCUUUUUAUUCCUUUGUAAUAUUCCACAGAGAAAAAAAAAAGGAUUUAAAAGAACGGUGUAGGUCAGAUUCUUGUAAUUUGAAAGCUUGGUAAAAGCAAUUUUCGCUUUCUAAAACAGCAGACACAAUCAGUGGGAACAGCUCGGUUGGUACAAGAGCACUAGAUCCGCUGUCAAGGCUAGCAAGUCCGUUAUCCUUCACAAGUGAAGGCAGCCUUCCAAGUGAACAGAAUGACCGAGACGAAAAUGAACACAACAGCGAAAAAGUUGCACAGCAGGAUCAAGAUGAAGAUAACGGAAAGGGAAAGAACAAGAAAAAGAUUAAAACUAUUUUAAGGAAGCUGCAAAAUAGCAAAAAGACGAAAUCAUCAAAAUAG